AUGGUUUAAAAUAAAAAUAAUCAAGAUUAUGUUGGCACGACUUAAAAAGAUAUUGGAACUCAUAUCAUUGACCAGAUAAACUCAGCAAACAGCCAAUAAUAUUAUCCCUUAGCUUACGAAACUGACUCAAAAUUAAUACCACCCUCUCCAUCAGAAAUAUUCACUUAAAUUGAUAAUUCUCAAACAGGUCCAAAGCUAUUAAGAGCUACAGCCAUUAAACUACCACAAGAUUAAUCAUUCAUCGAUUAAACUUGCACUCCAUUCGGAAUAUUAGUUUAGCCACUUACUGAUCUAUCUUACGACAGAUAAGUUGAUGAAAACAAUUGCGAAGUCAACGAGUACAUGCCUGUAAUCGAUUGCUAUGACUCUUAGAUACUUAGAUGUCCAAGAUGUCUAUGCUAUAUUAAUCCAUUUUUCAAAUUUAUUGAAAACGGCUAGAGUGUUAUUUGUAAUAUAUGCCAAUAUCAAUUUCAAUGUCCUGAGUACUAUUAUUCUCAGCUUAACGAAAUGGGAUUGAGAAGAGAUCUAAAACAACGAUUUGAGCUUCACAAAGGAUCUUACGAGUUUAUUGCUCCAAGAAUAUUUUAUGAUAAAAAGGAGUACAAGCCAGAUGAAUAUGUCCUAAAUAAAAUCUUUGUCAUAGAUGUUAGUCCAUUUUCAGUACAAUUGGGAUUAUUUGAAUAAGCAAUAUACAGUAUUAAACUAACUUUAGAUUACAUGGAACAAGAACACACUAAAAUAUCCAUCCUUACAUUUGAUGCCAAUGUUCAUUUAUAUCAACCAAGCAAAAUAAAUCCAAAUGGAGAACCUUUAAUUUACAUCAUGGCAAACAGUGAAGAGCCUUUUUUGCCUAUUCCUCAAUAGUCAUUAUUGCUUCACAUUAGAGACUAAAGACAAACCAUAGAUUAUAUAUUAGAUAAAAUACUGAUCCUCUAUACAAAUCAAGCUAACUAAGUUACAACUCAAAGACAUGUAGCAGGUGCUGCCCUAAAAGUAGCUGAGCUAAUUUCAGAAAAUUAAUAGGGAAAUAUUAUUCUAUUUUCUGCGAAUAUGCCCAACACAGGGGUUGGAAAGUUUUUUACCAGAGAUGAUAGUUCACUCUACAAUACAGAUAAAGAACCAACCUUACUUAAGCCGUUUAUAGAUUAUUAUACUCUCUAAGGCUAGAAUCUUAACAAGAAUGGAGUUUGCUUAGAAACUGGAGCUAUCACAUAAGCAAGGAUUGAUUCUGAUAAAGUUUUAGGAAUUGAACUUUAGGUAGAUAAAAAUCAACUCAAAAAUUUUACUGAGCAUUAUUUACAGUUUGCUAUACUCUUCAAUACUAUUUAAGGAUAAAAAAGGAUAAGGGUACUAAACUAUAGAAUACCAACAGCAGCUAGCUUUUCCUAAUACUUGGAAAGCAUUGAUCAAGAAACUCUUGGUUAAUUUGUCAUUAGAAACAAAUUAUGCUAAGUUUAAAAUACAGGGCUUAAAUAAGUAAAGUAAAAUCUUCUAAGAAUGGACAAAGAGUUCUAAAUAUGUCUUUGCAGAAAUUUUGCUUUUUCUCUUAUCCUAGAAUAUAUUGCCUAAACGAUUUAUAAACUCAAGUAAUUUUAAAGAUUAACUAAUUAUUAGGCAUACGAAUAAAUUGAAGAUUAGGGAUAAUAAAUUGUGAAGCCUUUAUGCUAGAGAACUGCUUUAUAAUUACUCAAUCAAGAAAACAUGUAUAUUUUUGAUGAUGGAGAAUAUAUCUAUCUCUAUGUCGGUGAAAGAUUAGACUCUUAUCUUAUUCAAUAAUUCUUCGGCUAUGAUCAUUUUGCAGAGCUGAGGAAUUCUCAAAUAAAGACAUUCUAUCCUCAAGAGCAUUUGUACUACUCAAUGAAGCUCAGUGAGUUGAUAGAAACUUUGAAAUAUGAAAAAUCUUGCGGGUAUUAAUAGCCUGUUCAGUUGAUAUUUAAAAUGUCUCUUGAAUUUGAAGUGAUGAAGCAAGAUAUUAUGGUAGAAGAUGUUUAUGACACUACCACUGAUUUUUCAUUAAAGCAAUUUGAAGAUAUCAUCAAGCAAGAGAUCAAUAAAAUUUCGAAAAAGUGA